GCUCACUCGCUGCCUUACUGCCUCACCCCUUCUACUUCCGUGGCCAUCGCCGUCUACCUGCGCCUCUACGCGCACCCGCUGCAGGACGUGCCGCAGACGCAGGAGCCCGACACAGAAAAUCUCGCGCCGUCGGAGUUGAAAAAACUCAGAAAUAAACAGAGGAAAGCGAAACGCAAAGCCGAGCAGGAAAGUGCGCUGGCAGCACAGGUUCAGGUGAAACGCGAACAGCAUCACAAAGCUAGACAGCAGCAAGAGCAAGGCGACCCCGAGGCGCCUCAGCUCGACGAGCUGGUACCGGACAAAUUGGCUAGAGCGGAAGAUCCGUUAGAGCAAGCGUUGAAGUUCCUCCAGCCGCUGAGGACCCUCGCGGCUGACAGAAUAGACACGCAUCUAAUGGCCUUCGAAAUAUACUUUAGGAAAGAAAAGCCACUUCUAAUGCUACAGAGCAUAAAACGGGCAUGGCGACUUGAUAGCCAGAAUGAACACCUCCACGACUGUCUACUUCGAUUCCGGAGCUGGCUUGAUGAGAAGCAGGCAGGGUUGCCCGAUGCUCUUACCACAGUCAUUGAUAAGGAGACACAGCCGAUGUUCCAAGGUCGCAGUUCGCUGGCGAUGGCGGAGGAAUUUGUUUCGGGAGUGGCCCUUCGUUCGCAGAGAGCCGCUCUAUGGGGGGCGAGGGCUCUGCUUCGCUUGCAAGCCUCGCGAGCUCCAGAGGCCCUCGCGCUCGCCACUAGGCUCGACCUGCCCGAUCUAUCCAUACAGGGCUGCGUGGAAGUGCUGGAGAGUCUCCGAGCCGGCGACUUCGGUCCGUGCGAAGAAGCGAUUGCGAACUACAUACAGGCCUGCGCUAUCAAGUUCCCUUACGCACUCGCCUUCAAGCGGCCCGCGGAGCCCCAGGACUUCGCCCUUGAAAACUGUUAGGCCUUCUAUCCCUUUGACACUUUGACGUUGAAACACUUGGGGUUUCAUUGGCCGGUCACUCGGUUUCUGGCGCAUAAAUAUAUAACUUCGGAACUUCUUGACAAAAUAAUUGAGCGGGUGACAAUUUUAUUUAAUCAAGUCAAAUUUUGAGAAAAUCACGCAGUAAUCGAUGAUUCUUAGGAUGAUUUUUUUGGGAAAUGUCAGAAUGACAGUCGUUAAAUCAUUUUGUUUGGACCAUAACAUCAGCCAAACGGUCACUGUUUUAAAUGGGUACCGAAUUUUUUAAAAAUGAAAAAAAUAUUAGAAUUUG